AACCAACUGAGCCAGAACGAAUCUGUUCGACUUGAAGAAAUUAUUAAGAAUUUUAAAAUUGUAGCUUAGCGUAGAUUUUAUUUCUGAAGAUGUGCAAUAAUUCGAAACACGGUGCAUUGGCUGUCGCAAAUUUUUCACACGAUUUGUAUUGUUGCCGUAUGGGGAAUAAUCUUCUAUAUAUACAAUCCUUGGAAUGGAGACACCUUAUUCAUGAUUCCCAUAUUUUAGACUGGGGUGACUCAUCCGACAUAUUUUUCCUUGUGCUUGGAAUAACCUCGGUUAUCUUGGUACCUAUCACGGCUCUGUUGUGGAUCGGGUGGAGAAAGGAGCAUCUCGGAUGCACAAAAGCCUGGCUUUACAUCAACUGCGGUUUAUUUGCUUUUGACCUUCUGACUACAAUUUUCACAGGGAUUUCAGUAGCGCUGAUCGUUCGGAGUGUGUCGACUAUAAUUUUUCUCCUGGUGGUGUACAAUUAUGCAAAAAUGUUGGAAGAAAAGCAACGAGUUGAACUUUCGAACCCAAUUCCGUUUAAUAGAAUGCCGUAAGAAGAAGUGGAUUAAAUUUGUGGUAUUUUCUGUGAAAUGUAUAAUUAUUAAGGUCAUAUUUAUUAAAUAAGUAAUAUCUUUAUGCUAAUAUUUGUGCCUUUGUCAUGGAUUUACUAAGUAGAUAAGCAUGUACAGCAGAUAUUUUAUUAUUAUAAAGGGAAUAAAGCAUACCGUGCAUGUAUUUUAAA